AUGGCGACACAAGCAGCGCUGAUAGCCGAUACGAUCAUCGGCAUGAAGAAAGCUCUCCGCAGAGAGCGGGAUGAUGUUGCCCCCGACGACCCCAUUACCCAGCCCACCAACCGCGGAAACAAGAUGAGAGCGAACGCAAAGUAUGUCCGAGAGGGCGCGAUGGGUUAUAUUGAUGCAGAGGACUUUUACAGAGAGAAAGUCGAACACGCAGGUUAUACACGCCGGAUCCUGAAAAGGAACCCAAUUCGCUACGAUUCGGAGGGCGAUGAACUUUUGGACGACGACGAAGAUUCCGAGACGGACACUACAAUCACCGAAGAAAAUCCGUUCGCUGGGGUAGUACUGGAAACACUCUUGUGUCCGCUGAAGCACCCCUCCGAACUCCCCACGCACCCUUCAAUGUCCCAACCGUACACAUCCCGCGCCCUGGAACACAUGACAGCUGCAGUAGACGAGAAGCUCCGCCAAGAACGAGCCCUUCUAUGGCGCGCUAGAAAUCUUCAUCGGCAAUUUCUGGGCGACGCUGGCUGGAUGCCAUGUGGCAUUAUAGAAACGCCCGACGACAGGUACAUUUUUGAACCUAGGCCCGCAAACCAGUCGAGCUCAAACGGUGUCCAGAGUAAUCCAACUCUCGCGGAUUCCCCAUCUAUCAACGGGCAUGUCAAUAGUAACCCCGAGGAAUCAUUCGCCCAAAACGGGCAGCCAGAAAACGAUGUCGAGAUGACUGCCGAGGCCUCUGGUGGACCGGUUCCCAAUGACAUUCAGGACCAAAACAAGGUGCUCAAAUCGGAGGAAGCCGAUGCUGGUGUGAAUGAUCUCCCGCCUCAUCCAAAGCCCGCAGAUGAGCCAAAUCAUGCAGCUGGUGAUCUUCAGAUGGACGGGACCAAUAAUGGAGCGGCUACGAAUACCGACGUCGAGAACAGAGAAGCCCAUGAUGACGAGAUUGAGAAUGAUGCAGAGAUGCAUGAUGGGUUUUCACCCGAGCCACCCCGUCGGAUGACGACGCGUGCCCAAGCCAAUGCAACCAACCCUCAAGAUGAUGGCAACCAGUCCCCGACCUUUUCAGCCGACUCAGCUAGCUCUCUCCCGAAUCCCCACCCUCUCUUUCUGUUCCCAGAAAAUAUCCUGCCCGAUGCCAAUUUCGGCCUUCCACCUACAGAAGCUGAAGAAACUCGGCGUCUGCUCUGGUCAUAUGUCCAGAAACAGGAAGAGACAGUUCGUGGCUUUGAGCAUAUGCUAGACUCAUUACGCCGAGCAUGCCACAUGAAGUCCGACGUACUUGAAUGGUGCAAGGCUGAAGGCCAUGUUGGAGAAAUGAGUGAUGGCGAGGAUUGGUAUGACCGUGAGAAGUGGGGCCUGGCCGAGGGCGAAGACUUGAAGAAAGGAACUGAUGAUGAUGAGGGAGAAGUCGUCGAUGACAGUCGUACGACUGCUAAGCGGGGUCGGCGACGAGCCUAG